GUCGACGCUGGUGUGGGUGGGUGUGUGCGUGCCUUUAUGAGCGCGCAUGGGGGGGGGGGGGAUGCUCGUGCACUACAACAGACAGAAAUGACCAAAGACUAAAGGCUGACCCUCUUAAGCGUGGAGGAGGUAGUUGUCCUGCUGGACUGUAGAGGAAUAACCCACAUUACUCAAUAACAUACAAAUUGGUAUAUGGCACCAGUUACAGCUGCUGUAAAAGUUAGUGACAAUGCAGCACCACUGGGUUCAUCCAAGGUGACAGUCAGGCUUUCAAACGACUCUGAACUGAGAGUUUUCUUGGAAGAAAUUUGACAUUAAUUCCCAUAAGCUCGAGGAUAAGACUGCUACAGCCUCCUACUUGAGAUAGUUAUCUGGUUGUGCAUCUGGAAAUAAUCAUGUGCUCGGUAAUAAGCAGAGUGAAACCAGUUCAACGGGCUCUGGCUCUCUCGCUUCGCCUCACAGCAAACACCGAGGGCUUGAGUUACGCAGCGGCCGAGAGCAGGCGCUUCUGUCCCGGCGUAAGUUCUGGCGUUGAGCCGCUACGAGCUACCAGCAGAUCAUACUGCUCCAGGAUGGCGCUGACAGACGGACUGCUCUUCAGACAACUGUUCGAGUCGGAGAGCAGCACUUACACAUACCUGCUGGCAGACACAGAGACCAAGGAGGCGGUCCUCAUCGAUCCUGUGCUGGAGACUAUUGACAGGGACCUGAUGCUCAUACAUGAACUGGGGCUCAAUCUAAAAGUGGCAGUAAACACCCACUGCCAUGCGGAUCACAUCACAAGCACUGGGCUGAUGAAGAAAAGAUUGGUUGGGCUGAAGAGUGCAAUCUCCAAAUUCAGUGGCGCCUCUGCAGACAUCCUCCUGUCAGAGGGAGACAAGAUCCCCUUUGGGAAACAUUACCUCACAGUGAGAGACACACCAGGACACACUGACGGCUGUAUGGCGCUGGUGUCAGCGGAUCAGAGCAUGGCUUUCACUGGGGACGCCCUGCUCAUCCGAGGCUGUGGCAGGACAGACUUCCAGCAGGGCAGCGCUAAGAAGCUCUAUGACUCCGUCCAUCAGAAGAUCUUCACUCUGCCUGACCAAUGCCUCAUCUACCCAGCACAUGACUACUUAGGUCAGACGGUGUCUACAGUCGGCGAGGAGCGCAAGUUUAACCCGCGCUUGACCAAGAGCUUGGAAGAGUUUGUGAGCAUCAUGAACAACCUGAAUCUCCCCAAGCCGAAGAAAAUAAAUAUUUCAGUGCCUGCUAAUCUGGUGUGUGGAGUACACGGAGUCUGAAUGUCCUGCAGAAGGGAGGAUUUUAAUCAAAUCAACUACAUCAUAGAACCACAAUCGGCUUUAUUGACCGAGUAUGUGUACACAUACAAGGCAUUUGACUGCAGUUUUUCCACAUGGCAAAUUGAUAAACAUUAAAAUGUUUAAAUCUGAGCAGGAUUAACCAAUAACUAUUUAACAUAAAGUGCUUUAUUGCGUGUAUUUAUAUAAAUCUAAAGAUGUAUAUUUGAAUAGUUAUCGCCAUUUAGUGUGCAGCUACUGACAUCGUUGUGAUAAUGCUUAAAAUAAAAAUGCAUCAGUUCUAUUUUGCUAAAUAUCUGUACAUGAGGAAAAAUCACUAUUAUUAUUUUUGUAUUUUGAUUAAAUUUGUAAUGUGA